UGGAUGGAGCUGCCGCGUCUCUCUCCGGGUCAGAGGAAUAAAAAGAUUCUUUACUCUCUGGUGUGCAGUGCUCACCAUUUUUCUUCAAACGCAACAGCUUGCUACUGAGAUUUUAAUUCCUUUUUCGCCCCCCUCUCUUUUUUUUUUUAUCGUGAAACCAAGUUUUUAGACGCGAAACCCGCGGGUAGCGAGAGUUUUACGCAGCAAGGCAUCCAGGAGAGACACAACACGAGCGGCUUUUAAAGGGUUUUUCUUUCCAGUCAAACGGGAUAUUUUUCCGCCGGGGAAUUAAAAGCUGAGCAUUUACGACUUUAAAUAGGCGGGAUGUGUUAAAGGAUUUUCCCUCAGUCGUAAUUAGGAACGUAUUUCACCGCCCUCCUUGUCCUGAGCGCACAGACUCUCCAUAUGGCGUAAAACGUGGUCCGCGCUGAACGAAAGUCAUCGGAGGAGACACUUUGAAGCCUCACAGAUCCAGUUUGACCCAGGCCAACUGUAGUAAUGCCAAUACAGCGUCUCCAUUAAAGACCCUGGAUGUAGUAAAGACUGUGCUGCUGUUGCCCAGCCGCGCACGGGAGCCGAACUGUCUCCCGUCAUAUGAAUGUUCUCCGGCACGCAUUGCACUGGAAGUAGCCUUCGGAGUGGAAGAUGGCUUUUUAUUCCCCCCCAGGUUACAGCCUAACCCCCCUCCAUGCCUGACGGCACAGUGACAGUGAAAACUCGGCUUCUGUGAAGGUUAAGUAUGACUGCAGCAGCAGGUGUGCUAACAGGCUUGGCCAAGCUAAAACGCCAAGACUCUGCCCGCCCUCAGCCACGACCCAUACUACCUACAGCCCAAGGCCUGGGAAACCCCGCCCCAGAGGCUGCCCCCAGAAAGAGAAAGCGACGCACCGAUGUUGUGGUGGUACGCGGCAGGCUCCGCCUCUACUCCGCCUCCGGGUUUUUCCUUCUCCUGGGACUGGUCAUCUUAGCCAUAGGGAUCGGCAUGGCGACGCUGGGUUACUGGCCACACAGUGAAACCAUUUCCUCAGCUAAAUCGGUGCCUGUAGGAGGAUCUAAGACAGAAACUGCUGGAGGAGCCAAAACAUCUUCCACAGGUGAAGGAAAUGGCCCCAAGAUGUCCGUCACAGAGGGGAAUGUGGUUAACUCCAGCACGAAUCAUAAUGUACAAGGUAGGCCCUCCAAGCAUACCAGGGGCGCUCUGACGCGGUUCCUGGAACAGCAUCGUCACUCUGAGCGGAUGAAGAUGCUCGGGCCUUUCACCAUGGGCAUUGGGAUAUUUAUCUUCAUCUGUGCUAACGCCAUACUUCAUGAAAACAGAGACAGAGAAACAAAGAUAAUCCAUAUGAGAGACAUGUACUCCACAGUCAUUGACAUCCAUCGCCUCAGGCAAAGAGAGCAAAAACAGCACCAUCACAACAGCACCUAUGCAAGAGAAGUCGGGGACCUUCGAGCCUUGGGAGCUGAUAAUGCAGCACGGCUAGCCAGCAACUCCCUCCUAGCCUUCUCCUCUCAGGCAGGAGGCAUUGUUGGUGGGGCAGGAGGCUCUUCAGAGGAGGAGGUGCUGUUAGGGGAUGAGGAGUUUCACAGACAUAGAGAGCAGGCUAAGUUGGAUUGUAGCUUUGCAGGGCUGCUGGCGCCGCUCUACAGGGAUCGCCCCUUCUGUGGCCCGGGGCUUGGGCUGGCUCACUCUGAUUCGAUGUGCCAUCAGUGGUCAGUGGACCGAGAGGGGGAGAAGGGAGGACACCAUGCUCGCUCUAUUGUCUCCUCCUCUAUCUCUGCAUUUACUCUCCCUGUUAUAAAACUCAACAACUGCGUUAUUGAUGAACCAGAGAUGGAGGUGAUUACUGAGGAGGUUAGAGGAGGAGAGAGAAGAGACGGAGGGAGGUUAAAGCCUCCGAGCUCCAUGGAGUCUCUGGCGGUUCCUAUAGCGUCUGUUGCCAAGGCCUCCAAACCGCCGAGCUUACACCGGAGUAACUCCGCCUCUUCCUCAUCCCACUGCUCCUCUGUCUCCUCUUCCUCCCUCUCCCCUGCUCCAUCGUCUACCUCAGGAUGCUGGCUCUCCCCAGGAGCAGCAAGGAGUGACUUUGGCUCCAACUCCUCUCUGCACAUGCUCAGCAGCCACUCCAAAUCUCUGGACCUGGAGCGCAGGCCGAGCAUGCUCAGCGUGCAUCCGGAGCAGAGGAAGCACCCCAGCUGGCCCCGCCUCGACCGUAGCAACAGCAGCCGCACUAACAGCAGCAACCGGGGCAGCAGUAAAGGCUACAUGCGGCUGGAGGACAGGGAAGAGCAAGGGGAGCGGCUGCUGGAUGUGUCAUCGUCCGUGACAGUGAGGCGCGACUACAGUAAGCGCGAGAAGCUGCUAAUGAUAUCGAGGUCGCAUAAUAAUCUGAGCUUUGAGCAUGAUGAGUUUAACAGCGGCACACUGAAGAGAGGCAGCUCUGAGACUCGAUUCUGAAGGUGCUGAACUAAAGGUUGAGGAUAGUUCUGUCCUGGUCAGUAAAUUGCUCUCCAGAUAGUAUGAGUGUGCAUUGUUUGUGUCAGAGGGAACUGACAAUGUAACAGGAAACUCAAACGUGGUUUCAACACUUUUUUCUGCAGCAAGCUGGAGAGUACUGAGUAACGGACCAUCUCGCACAGUUCAGGUUCAGGCCUCACGUCAGCGAGACACUGAAUUCCUACUGUUCCGGGUCCAGAGAUGCUGUUCUGUAGCCGACCCUGACCUGUGACCUCUGUGGAGGGAGGCAAGUGAAAGGAGAAUUUCAAUACAGGGAUCAAUAAAAAUAAAUCGCGUUGCAUCAUCAGUCUACUUCAUACAAAAGCAGUGCUCAUUAUUUUUUAACUGGAUCUCAACACUAAGACAAGGCUUUAGGAUCAAUACUGUUAUCGUUAUACGUGGCUUUGAAAACUACUUUUCUUUAGGUGUGACAGGGUUUCAUUCCGGCAGAUGCUGUUGAAAUCAAGGACACACUGGAAGUGCUUUGAGCAAGUUUUCUCUGGGACAUAAAUAGAAAUCUUUAUAACACAGUCUAGGGCCAACCUGAGAAAUAAUUAAGACCGGUUUAAUAUCAGAAGAGAAAAAGUUCUGAAUUGUUAAUUAUAAUAUCAUUUUAGAGCUUGUAUUUUUACCUAUAUGGCACCUUUGAAAACAAAGUUAUAAAGUCCUUAAUGGGGCGGUAUAGAAAGACUAAGGCCGAUAGCGGUAAUUUUCAACUAAUCUGCCAGUCUUGGCACAAAAACAGAUAUGACAACUUAAGCGAUCCAGAACCAGCUGCUAAGUUAUUGCCUGGUCUAAACCUGUGUAAGAACACAUAACAGCAUACUGCAGAGAUGAAGCUCUUAAGCCCAAAUGAUUUAGAUAUUAGUGGUAAGGUAUUUAAUUUCAAGGUGGUUACUGUAUUUUUGUGUUUGUCUGAUCCUCAGAUUGUAGUAGAUGUAGAGAUUGGGCCACACAAGGAGCAAAGUCAGAUAAAGCCAGUUACUUCAAUGUCAGUAGGCAACAGUACAGACAUAGGAGUGAAAUCAAGCUGCUAGGCUACAAAAUCAAAUCAAUAGAAUCCGUGUUGCCCUGCGGUCACAAUAUUGCUGCCCUUUGUCUAGAACUGUAAUAAGAAGUUUUGUAUGUCCACUACUGAAAACUAGAAGUAACAAUUGCUGUCUUUGGCUCUGCUAGAGGCAUUUUAAGUGUAUUUCUCACUAGAGAAGAUCUUCAUUGACUUCGGUCAGGAUAUGCGGUCUAUUAUUUACAUAUUGGUUAUUUUUGUCUGUUUAAUAAACCUGUUAUCAUACAAAACCCUACCACUUGAAUAUUUGUAGCCCCAAGUAUGACCAGAAGUCUGAUUAUUAGAGUUGUAAGUAAUGAUUAAUUUCAUCAAAGAUUUUUAUGUGAAAACAUUUACCAUUUACUAUUUCAAACUAAGUCAUAAAAUCCAAUGUUAAUCAGUUUAUAAAGCAAGUAGUCAAAUCUGAGGCAUUUCUACUUGAUAAAUGACUUAAACAAUGGAUCUGAAUUGUGAUUGAUUCCCUUUAAGAACAACUUUUUGGCUCUGCACGAUUGAUUGAAGAAUGCCUGAGACAGAAAUCAGUAUAAAACACUUAGUGAUGUACUGGCAUUGCCCUUGAGCCAACAAUAAAUCCCUGUGUAAACAUUUAUCUUUAUAAAUCCAGUGACCUGUAACAAUGAAAGGUCUGCAAUGCUGUUUUCUGCCACAGUUCUCAUUUUACAACGAAUCUUCUGUUGCUUUUUUAGUUUUUUUUCAAUAUUCACCAUGUGAUGAAGAUUGCAGGACUGAAUUCAGGAAUUCAGCUACUGAGCAACAUGUGUGUUCUGCUAAACUGGACAAGUGCAGCCACUGAGCUUGUCUAUAUUUACGAGCCAAUAUGAUGCCUCCAUAUUGUUCAAUAGCUCUGUCUCAGGUUCUGUUUGGUCUUUCAGCUAUUCUACAUAAUGCUGUCAAAUUAAACACAUCUGUAAACGCUGUCAGGAAUAUCUCUUCUGCUACUUCUAAAGUAACACGUGAAGAGUAACAGAUCUUGCUACUUUGAAAUCUAACCUGCUGUGUGUUGAAAAAGACAGAGCCCCUUCUAAGAGUGCAGGACUCUUACCAGAGACCUUCAUUUACUGGUUCCUGGCAGUUUAUGGGUCAAUGGCCAAUUUUAU